UGUUUGCACGCCCAUUUCUUUUUUAGUGACAGGGCCUCCUAAAUGCGGUGUGCUCUUGUUUUCAUACAUUACGGUAAGAUUUACGACAGCAACUGUUUCUUGCUGCUUCCCAUAAAGUGUUCCACAACAACUUUCUUCCUUCGCAGCUACGGUACGGUGUAGAAAGAUUGGAAGAUUAAACAUGGCUGCACUCAUCAGAAGGAUCGUCAACACAACAGCUGCCCCGGCUGCCAUCGGUCCAUACAGUCAGUCGGUGGUCGUGGACAGGACCAUGUACAUCUCGGGUCAGCUGGGUAUGGAGGUGGCUUCUGGUCAGCUGGUAGAUGGAGGCGUGCAGGCCCAGGCCAAACAGGCUCUCGUCAAUAUGGGGGAGAUCCUCAAGGCUGCUGGCUGUGACUACACCAACGUGGUGAAGACGACUGUGCUGCUCGCUGAUAUCAACGACUUCAACUGCGUCAAUGAGGUCUACAAAACAUUUUUCACCAGUAACUUUCCUGCCAGAGCUGCCUAUCAAGUCGCUGCUCUUCCCAGAGGCGGGCUGGUGGAGAUCGAGGCAGUCGCUGUUCUCGGUCCUCUUUCAGACUCCUGACUAGAUGGCCCCAUCACACACAAGCUGUAGAGCAACCAUCAAGUGACCUUUUGUAGUUGUACAGUGAAAGCCUUUCAAGGAAUUUCCAAAUAACACAUGAAAGACCAAAUUAGGAUCUUGUUGACUUUCUUUUUCCAUAAUUUCAGGUCCUAGGAUAGACGUUUGUCUAAUGGCUGAUUUAACAGCUGACUGUACUGCUGAAAUACUUUCAUUGUUAUUAAACUAAAGAUUAAAAACUUAAAAUGUAUCAACGCUUCAUUCACAAAAAGGAACUGUAAUGAUAAACAAGGAUUGUAUUUGUAUAACCGGUCUAACAUUCCCUAGAGGCCAGAUUCAACUUCCUCUUGGUGCAGUUUCUGGUUUUGAUAGUCAUAUCCAGUUUUUUCCAGAUAAAUAUUAUAACACAUUUUGAAAGUACAGCUCUCACUAAUGAAUAAAAAGUAGGAAAACCUCC